AGCUGAGGCAGACUGUAUAUAAACUGUGGUGAUCCGAAACCUCUGACAGCAGCUCGAGAAUCAUCUGACUUGAAGCUUUCCAGAGGAAUUUGCUAAAGUGAUCUCAAGGUGUCUUUUCAUCAUGGAUAUAACCAUUUCUAUGAUGGAUGGGACUGCCCACACACUGAGUGUGAACCCACAGGCCACAGUGGGCUCCCUGAAAUCCCUGAUCCAGCAGAAACUAGGAGUUCGCUCUGAGACGCAGAAGCUGGUCUAUGUAAACGGCAUGAACACUGUCCUCGGCGACGACUCGACACCCAUCAGCCACUACGGCUUGAACUCUGGAGCGAGGGUCUCCCUGCUGGUGACCCAGCCUGCGACCAUCCAGGUGUUCCUCAGAGACGAAAAGGGGAAGACGAGCACCUAUGACAUCAAACCUGACGAGACUGUGGGCAACUUCAAGAAGAGGGUCCAGUCCAGACAGGGGGUCCCGGCGGACCAGCAGAGGCUCAUCCACCAGAGCCGAGAGAUGACGGAGGCGGGGAGCAAACUCUCAGACUACGACGUCGUAUCGCACAGCACCAUCGACCUGAACCUCCGCCUGAGAGGAGGCUGAGGACACUUCUGCUUCAUCGGAGUUUAUUUUCUGAACAUUCCUUUAUUUUAAUUAAUGAUAUAGCUUCAAAUUGUUCUUAUUUAUUUGUAUUUUCAUUUGGAAAAAUCAAUGCAUUCCUCUGUUUAGACUUAUGUAUUCCAUAACAUAAUAGUAUUAAAACAUAUCCAUAACUUGUUAAGGCUUAAUUCAAUAAAAACACUGUGCAAUAAUAGUUAAUAUAGUUUUUUUUUCUGUCUGUAAAUAUUAUAUUUCAGUUAUUGUGUUUUUCUACUGUUUUUAUUGCUUAUUUAUAAUACUUUUUUAUUUUUAUUUUUUAUUUUUCAUUUUAUUUUUAUCUUGUCUUUCUUUACUAUGUCUCUUGUGUGCACUUUAACUCUAUGCUGCUGGGACUAAUAAAGGAUUAUCUUAUCUUAUCUUAUCUUAUCUUAUCUUAAUUCUUUAUUUGGUUUUGGCAGUACAAAUAUUUUAUCCACUCAAAAUGUCAUUAUGUUAACUGUACACUGUUAAAAACAAAUAAAAAUAACUUUCCAAAUAUGAA